ACCGCCAUGAACAUCAACAGUCUGCGAAAUACCAACAUCAACAGCAGUAAUCUGAACUCUAAACUGAGUGUUGGGCAAUUCUGAGAAAUGUGAAAGAGUUGCGGCAAUCGUCUACAUUUACCAUUGCAUAGGCGUUUACAACAACGACUCUCUUUUCUUUUCUCUUUCUUUACAUUGUUAACGGGGUCACGUCUGCUAAGAGGAACGAGGAAAACUUGACAUCUGCAUUCGACAAGUGCAUUUGCGAACAGUCUGUAGAAGGCGUGCAAUAAAUAUUUUGCAAUGAACCGCUUUUCAGCGAGUGUGUUUAGGUCGGGCCUUUUUCGCGACAAAGUAGCUGUUGUAACUGGAGGAGCCACAGGCAUUGGAAAAGCAAUCACAAGGGAACUACUUUAUCUCGGUUGCAAAGUAGUUAUUGCUUCAAGGAAUGAACAGAACCUAGCAACUGCAACAAAAGAGUUUCAGUCGAUCAUACCAAAGGAUCAAGAACCAUCCUGCAUAUCGUACACAGCUUGCAAUAUAAGGAAUGAAGAAAAUGUGAAAAGCUUACUGUCGGAGGUAUUACGAAAGCACAAGAAACUCGACUUUCUUGUGAACAACGGUGGGGGCCAGUUCUUCUGCCCUGCGGGUGACACCACUUUGAAAGGAUGGAAUGCUAUUGUGGAGACAAAUUUGACGGGAACAUUCCUGAUGUGCAAAGAAGCAUACAAUCAAUGGAUGAAAGAACAUGGUGGCACAAUAGUCAACAUAGUAAUGGAAAACUCCAGAGGAUAUCCAUUAGCAGCGCAUUCAGGUGCAGCAAGAGCUGGUGUUGACAACUUCGUGAAAACCUUAGCUGUUGAAUGGGCAAGUAGCGGGAUACGAAUCAACAGCGUUGCUCCAGGUUGCAUCUACUCUGAAACUGCUGCUGACAAUUACAGAGGUGAUGUCUUUUCGCAAGUGAGGGCCAGACUUCCUUGUAAACGAACAGGCACUCCUGAAGAGGUUUCAUCAGUGGUCUGUUUCUUGCUAUCCUCGGCGGCAUCCUACAUAUCUGGGACCACCGUAGUGGUAGAUGGCGGUUCCGGUCUUUAUCCUGCAUUGACAUUUGAGGUUCCAGAUCAUGAGAGAUGGCCAAAACAUGACAGCCAGGAACAGGCACAGGACGGUACUGACAGGACAUGAUUGCUAGCUGGCAUUGAUUCCGAGACAACCUGAUCCCUAGCACUGCAACAGCACAAUCGGUAAUUUUUGUUAAUAAACUAUUUGUUAACUUGUA